AAUCGCAACUUUACUUAUUUUAUCCUUAUGAAUUUUAUGAGAUGAUGAUUGAUGUAUGCCAUCUGUUGUCAAAUCUGAAGAAUCUUGGAUUUUGCUGGUAAAUUUGUUAGGAAUAAGAUUUUGAAUUUGAAGUUUGAGAAACUGAUAUGCUCUUUGAUAAUUGAUCUUGUGCAUCAUUAAGCUAAAAAAGAGAUAUAAUCCAGAUUAAUUUACUGGUUUCAUCACUAUUUGUUGAAUGUGAACUAGCAGGAAAAGUUACUUGUGUGCAAUAUGAUAAACGAAAAACUAUGUGAAUUAUUUAAUUGUUUUUUUUCUUGAAUUGUUUGUUUAUCCUGCAAUUAUCCUAAAGAGUUUGAUUAUAGAGAGAGAAAACAUGAUAGCCAUUUUGCUUAGUCACUUUAUAAUUAGUAGUUAAAGUUUCAAAAUGUAUGAGUUUUAAUCCAAAAUGUAUGAGUUUUAAUCCAAAAUGUAUGAGUUUUUAACAAAAUGCCCCUUAGCAACUUAAAAUAUAGUAAUAAAAAAUUUAAGUUACUAAAGCUACCAUUCAUAUUUGACAAAGUUUAUCUAGAUACAGUUUAAAGUUAAGAGUUGGCUAAUCACUACACCGUGCGUGGUUAAUUGUUACAACAAUAUAUUUUUUUAGCAUUUAGCAGUUAAUCGAACUGACUUGUUUGACUUUUUUGUAUAGCAAAUGGUUAGAUUAACCAAAUUGUGCUCACCAUUAAACGAAUUUUACUUUGAAAAUACACUUAAGAUUGUCUCAUUUUAAAUAAAUAUUUUAAGUAACAAAAUUUAGUAGUAGUACCCUAUUUGUCCUGCUGCACUUUGAGUUAAUUUUUUUUUGUGGUCCCAGUUAUGUCACUUAACUUUUUUGAUAAAAAAAUUAACAUAUAUAAUUACUCUUACUUUAUUCUUUUACUUACUUUACUAUUUCUUAAAUUAUUUAUUUUAUAUCAUCCUCUACUUUAUUCUUUUCAUUUAAUUUUAAACUUACUGUGAGAAAAAAAUGCCACAAUUAUAUUGAAUGGAUAUAUGCAUUCACUUUUCAUCUCUAAUGCUUAGAAAGUCUAUCGUUGUCCCCCAUCACCGAUUUAAAAAGGUCUUAACCCCAAAUUAUGCUUCUUUGAAGUUCAACUAUCACUACAAACGAUGUUGUCACUAAAACCUAUCUUCAUACUUCCUAGUAUGUGUGAGUUGACCAAGCGGUUGAGAACUUAAUGCCUGAGGCUCUUAGGUUGGAGUCCUUUAUAGCGUGACUUUUAAAUUUAAAUUCAUUAAUCUAUAAAAAAAAACUAAUCACGUGUUUUCGUACACUAUUUAUGGUCAACACAAUACUCCAUUCGUCUCAUAAAAAUAUGUGCUCUUUCCAUUUCCGUCCGUCCCAUAAAAAUAUGGGCAUUUCCAUUUAUGAAAAGUUGUCCUAACUCAUUAUCCAUAUACAUCAAUUUAUAUACAACUUAUACCACUAUGUCUCACCAUUACAAUUCAUUUAAACACUAAUAAUAGUGUGAAUCUCACUAUCCACUAUCACUACUUUAACUACCCUUCUCAUCGUCUCUCUUAUUUUACCAAUUACAUAAUAGUGUGAAUCUCACUACUUUACUCUCUCCACGUAAAUUCUAUACAUAUCAUUUUCUUAAUUUCCGUGCCGAAAAGAAAUCCAUCACAUAAGAUGCGACUGAGGGAGUAUUAUGUAGUAGAAUAUCUAAAUACUUUUAGAAGAAUUAUUUGUAUAUAGAAUUCUCUCUCUCUAUAUAUAUAGAAUAAAAUAAUAGAGUAGAAAAUUAUAGAAUUUUUGAGAAGUACCUAUAUAUGGAUGUGCUGUAACAUUUGGCAUAAGUUAUUAGUUUGGCCAAAUCUCCCCAGUCCUUUUAUAUUCACUCGACACCAUUAUACUUCUAAAUAUUUCCUCCAAACUACAUUAAUAGUCUCACAUAUAUCUUAUAUUCCAAUAUAACUAUAUAUGUCUCAGUCUUUAAUAUUUUUCUGCUAAUUCUUAUUUCAUUUUAUUUAUUACAUUUUCUAUACAUUAAGGUUUUUUUUGGCAUCAUGAUGAAUCUGCACCAUCUGAUAUAAAUUUUACUAGGAUGGUUUAUGAAGUUUCGAAACUGGUCUUGCUAGCCUCCUCAACAGGGUACGCACCUCUUAAAGACAUGUUUUCAUACAUGAUGGACAAGAAAGAAUUUGUCAAAAAUUUAGAAGAUAAUUUGACAAAGAUGAUUAGAGAGUUGGCCACAUUUUAUUCGAGGAAAGAAAAGGUUGACCGAAGGCUAGAUACAGCCGUGUCUGAAGAAAAAAGUGGUGAAUACGAUGUGUUGGUUAAGCAAAUGGAGUUUCAUCAUAAACGAUACAAUGAGUUUGUCAAUAAGUAUCAACGAUAUUGCCAGGAUCUACCGAGUUUUGAGAUCCACGAUGUUUCGAGUGCAACAAAAGUGAUGGACGUUGUGCAGGAAAGAAAGCCAACCAUCAACACACGCAAGUUCUUCAAACUCGCAACACUUAGCAGGAAGAUUAAUGAGUUGCUUAAUGAGAUCUCUUUGGUUAGUGGUAAAAUGGAACCUAGAAAUGUGUUACGUGAUAAACAAAUCGAACCCGUUCAAGUGAAAUAUGAUGAUAUUGAUCUUCCUUCAUCCAAUGAAUAUGUUAACAAGGUUAUAAGGUACCUCAACGAAGAUGGAAACAUACGAGUUGGCAUUUUGGGUCCUAUUGGGGUAGGAAAAACAACUAUCAUGAAAAAGUUGAAUAAUCAACUUAAACAUUCUUCGACUUCUUCCCGUGGAAUGACAAUGAUAACAAAAUUUGAUUUUGUUAUUUGGAUAGAUUGUCAUAAACAAUAUGGGGCAGAAGACGAUGCUAUUGAAGGGAUUCAGGAUCCUAUUAUAUGCUAUUCCACACUUUCGUGUGAAACCGAUGUGGGAUCGUAUCAUGUGAUAAUGAGACGACUAAAGCUAAAAGGGGAAGAAACAAAUAGUAUAGAACAGAAUGCAGAAAUCAUUUCGAGUUUCCUUUGUGAUAGAAAAUAUCUAUUGUUGAUUGAUCAAGUGUCUUCAACUAUCAACUUAGAUGAAGUUGGAGCUCAUAAAAACCACAAGUUGGGUAGAGUGGUACUUGCAUCUAGUAACAAGAAAGUUAUCUCACCUAUGACCGAUGAAGAGAUUGAGAUCAAGCCUCUAUCAGACAAUGAUGCGAUGAAACUCUUUUUAGAAGUUAACGGCAAGAUUAAUGACCCGCGCAUCAAACUUAUUGCGAGGAACAUAGUAAAGUCAUGUGGAGGGCUGCCAUUGGUGAUCAAGUUAGUAGCUUAUCAUUUAAAAGGGCAGAAAGAUGAACAAGUGUGGAGUGAUGUGAAGCGGAUUCUGCAAUCUGAAACAAAAGCUAAAUUGCAAAAAUUGGAAGGGGUCGGACAUGCUUACAAGCUGGCAUACGAUAAAUUAGAGACGAGUCAUAAAAAGUGUCUUCUUUUUGUGACAUUGUUUACAAGUGACCAAAAAAUCUACAAAGAUUAUCUUGUAGAAUGUUGGAAUGCUGAGAGAUUUCUUGAAUUAGAUGUUCCGGAACUUAGGGCUGCACGAGAGCGUGGAGCAACAACUUUGAGAGAGCUAACAGAUCAAUAUCUGCUGGAAAAUCACUCAGACAAGCAUGUUAAGAUGCCGGAAUACUUCAGAAGAGUGGCUGUUGAGCAGGAGUAUCCGGGUGAAAACAAUUGCAUAAGUUGGAUGCCACAAAAGAAUCAACCCCUUACUGAUGAAACCUGGAGGAUGACUAGAAGGAUGUCGCUGAUCCGUUGUAAGUCCAAACUACCCAACAAACCAAUAAGUGAUAACAUGUCAACAUUACUAAUGCAAUGUUAUCGCGAUUUGGUGACACUUGGGGAUAAGUUCUUUGAGAACAUGCAAAAGCUUCUCAUUUUGGACUUGCACAAAGCAAAUAUAGAAUCACUUCCGACUUCUAUCACUAGUUUGGUGAGUCUCAGAUGUUUAUAUCUGAAUGAUUGUCGUCUACUUGCUAAGUUACCUCCAAAAGUCGAAAAGUUGAAGAAGCUUGAACUCAUUGACAUUCGAGGAACUUCAAUUCGCUCGUUGCCCAGUGAAAUUGGCGAUAUGAUUCACUUAAGGUGCUUGCGAAUUUCAUUUGGCCAAACAGGGUGCAACCGCAAUGGGAAAUGUAAGGAGGUAGAAAUGACGAUUCCUCAUAAUAUCAUCAGUCGUCUUCAUCGGCUUGAAGAGUUGACCAUUGAGGCAGGUUGUUGCAAUCAAACUUGGAAUAGUAUUGUCGAGCAAAUAGUCAUAGAGGCUGUAUGUUUGGAAAAGUUGAGUACUCUUAACCUUCACUUCCCAAAUGUGACUACUCUGAAACUAUUUGUUGCUGAGAGCAAAUCUCUCAAAAAUACCGACACACACUGGAGUACGAACACUUUAAGGUCAUUUAAUAUUUCUGUUGGUUGCUCUGAUACAAGACAUCCGUAUGGUCCGGAAAUAUCUGGAAUUUCACCGGAAAGACAGUUGAGAUUCUCCACUGGUGAAGAAAUUACUUCAGUGAAAGAAAUACUGAAACAGGCAAGCUCAUUCGAACUAGUUGAUCAUGGGGGUGUAGGGAGCUUGAGUGACUUUAACUUGAGAAAUGCCGAGACACUAAAAGUUUGUGUUGUGGAAGGAUGUAGGAAUAUGACAAGUGUUGUGGAUGGUUCUAGAAUCCUUGAGAUACAAAUGGAAAUUACAGAAGAAUCUGAUUGUGCUAUGCUUCAGUGUUUGGAGAAACUAUAUUUGUUUGAACUUAAAACACUGCAGUCUAUUUGGAGUGGACCGGUUUGUUCAGGAAGCCUUGCAAACUUGAAGGAACUUACACUAUUUGGUUGUUCGAAGUUGACUACAAUUCUCAAUCUUGAACAAGCGGGGGCUCUUUUAAGCUUAGAGUAUGUCAAAGUUGAGAACUGUUCCGAGGUUGUUGAGAUCAUUAAUGAAAAUAUUGUUGUUGACAACAAUCUUGAUCUAUCUAAUAUGCUAAACAAGGUGAAGAUUGUCGACCUAGUGGACUUGCCAAAGCUGCGAAGCAUAUGCAAGACUACUACGUUCAUGGAAUGGAGGUCACUGGUGAAAAUUGCAAUAAUAAGUUGCAAUGGAUUGCGAGAUAUUCAUUUGAGUUUGAGGAAGAAGUUGGAAACUAUUGAGUGUGAAGAGAGUUGGUGGAUUCAGUUGCCAGAGGAACAAAAGGAAAAAAUUCUUCCUUAUUGUCACUUCAUUGUCAUGGAACAAGAAUCAGCUAAUCGAGGCCGCCAUGCAGGAGAGUCAUCUGAACAUGGAAGAUCAACUGAUCCUCUGACAUCAAACGCCAGCGUUUCCAACAAGUGCAAUGGUAAAGUACCUAGAAAUGAAAACGAGCAGCUCAUAUCAAGCACAAGUUCUGGCACUCAGGGCAUGCCGGAAUUAUCACAUGGACCGGAGCAUGUUAUUCAUGACUCAACAAACACCAAUGCUCCAACCAACAAAGAAGCCUCGUCCCUUUCGGUGGGAAGAUGUUCAAAAUUGGAUUUUUCAAUAUCCUCUCACUAGAUAUAUUUUCCUAAACAGAGACGUUGAUUGAGGAAUCAGAGGAACUGUUCUAGCUAGUAAAGGUUUCUGGACUAGGGAUGAUGGUGUGCAGGAUCUACUGAAAAGAGGAACUUUCUUUGCUUUUAUUGGUGUUUUGAAGAUAAAACUGAGAAAUCUCAGAUUUCAUGUGGUGUGUACAAGUAUAUAUGUAAUCAAUAUGGAUUGAAACUGUACUCUAGUUAAAUAUUCAGUUUGUUUGAUUAAUCUGAUGCUUGAUGUUGUUUUGUCCACACCUCAAUUGAGAAUUUCUGGAUUUUGAUUGUAAUCCACACUUUAUGGUCUUAGUUGUAAGUAAAGUUUGCUUCCA